UUUGAAACUUACCACGUCAUCGCCACCACAAAUAGAUGCUAUCUGGUUAUCAACAGCAGGAUGCGCAUGAAUUCUAUCAGUUUUUGGUAGACAAGUUACACGCAGGGGCUCAUGACCACGUUGAGGACCACAACAAAACAUGUCACUGCUUUUUCCAUAACGCUUUUUACGGAAAGCUGCGAAGCAGCGUAACUUGUGACAAGUGCGGGAAUGUCACACAGACGGAGGAUCAGAUGAUAGACCUCAGUUUGGACGUUCAAGUCCAGAAAAAAAAGCGAGCGCUUGGCGGUGGUGAAUCAACCGCGGCCCCGACGCUUGACGGCUGCUUGCAGAGCUUCACCUCGCCGGAGAAGCUCAUGGCGGAUGCGUACAACUGUAGCGGCUGCGGAAGCACUCAGCAGAAAGCUACCAAGCAACUUCGAAUAAGAAAACUGCCUGUGAUAUUGUGUAUGCAGCUGAAGCGAUUCGAGCAUACUCUUUCCGUCUCAGAAAAAGUCGAAGGAAAAAUUGACUUCCCACUCUCUAUCAACAUGCUCCCAUAUACCACCCGUGCACACUACAAAAACGAAGGGGGCCAUUCAAAUUUUUUGUACGAUCUUUCCAGUGCUGUUGUCCACAAGGGCAAGCUCGACGCUGGACAUUAUUAUGUUUAUUGUCGACAGGGCGAGCAGUGGUACCUGUUCAACGAUGACCAAGUGACUGUAGUUAACGAGGCGGAGGUGUUAGCUGCCGACGCCUACCUUCUUUUCUACACCCUUCAUGCUCUGUCUGGAGCUAGCUAGCGUUAUUACUCGCCAUGAAGAUUUGUUUUCAUAUU